AUGCCCCCACCAAAGCCAAAAAGAACAAAAAGGGUUCAGCCUAAGGCCAAAGCUACUGAGGUUGAGGCUGAGGAUGCUCUGCCCAUCUCUCAAUUGGCUGAGAGUAAAAAAACUGCUUCUACUUCUGCAAAAAGGUAUGCUGAGGCCCAGCCAUCAAAGUCCACCAAAUCAAAGAAGCCGAGGUCAUCGUCUGCGACGACCUUGGGUUCUAGAAUACCAAAAGUCCCCUGGACACCUAAGAUCACUCUAGAGGAUACGCCUGUCCUUGCCAGCGACGGCGCCGAUGAUAUAAACGUCGGCGUGGCACUCAGUACUGCUUUACUCCUCCCAGGUGAUCUUGAGCAGAAUGCCAAGAUAAGUGAGUAUGAGAACUACGCCUUUAUGCUGCAACGCUCUGUCCAACUCAACAUCCCAGAUGACUUGCCAUUGCGCAAGGCUGAUGAUAUCCCUCUGCCAUUCCCUCCCCCUCUUCCUCCAAGUCAUCCUGAAGAAGAAUCCGAAUCUGAGUCUGAAGAUGUGGAGGGGGGUGAGGAGGAGGGUUUAAUAAGAAAAUCCAAGGAGGCUGUUGGGGCUAAGUCUCCUUCUUUGAAUGAGCAGGUCCUAGACCUGACUCAAGAUAAUGAUGAAGUUAUCAAGGAGGCUACCCCGGAGCAGGGUUCAUCCGACAUUCCUCAAAUCAGCAAGAGCGUUGAUGAAACCCUUGCCGAGAUCGACGCCGAGAUUGCUGCAGAUGAGGAAGCCGAGGUAUCUCUUCAGGAGACUUCUGAGGUUCAGAUCCAGCCAGUUGCUGAUGCUGAAAAGUUUUAA